AUGUCUACUAUACUUGAUAAGGACAGUAACUUAACUUGGUACACAGAUAACCCAGAAUUCACGCCGUGCUUUGAAAAAACUGUUCUGGUUUGGACACCAUGUAUAUAUCUGUGGGUAGCGGCGCUACUGGAAACCUAUUAUAUUUUAAACAGCAAAGAGCGAAACAUACCAUGGAAUAUACUAAAUAUCAGCAAAUUAGUUGUAACAUGUCUUCUGAUUAUCCUAAAAUUUGUCGAUUUGGGUGUGACUGUUCACAAAUCUUCAAAAGAAGAGGAAGUGUUCAACGCUGAUUAUUACAACCCUAUCAUAAAGAUUCUGACAUUUGGAUUAUCAGCUACGUUAUUAUAUUAUAACAGAAAGUUUGGAAUGAGAGCAUCAGGUGUUUUAUUCUUUUUCUGGUUACUUUUAAUCCUGGCUGGGUUACCCCAGCUUAGGUCGGAAGUAAUGGCACAUUACAAAUUAGCAGAAGAUGAAAAUGUCCAAUAUAAUUUUGUCAGUUACAUGAUAUACUACCCUAUGAUUAUUUUGAUGUUUGUGUUGAACUGUUUUGCUGACCUGCCACCUAGAGAUACACCCUACAAAUAUGAAAAGAAUCAAUGCCCAGAAAGGGCCUCAGGAUUCCCGAGUCGUCUAACUUUCAGUUGGUUCGAUCCUCUCGCCCUGACUGGAUUCCGUCGAAGUUUAACGGAGUCUGACCUAUGGGCACUUAACCCGCCGGACUCAUCUAAAGAAGUCGUUCCCAAAUUUGACAAAUUCUGGGAAAGAACUCUUCAGAAGAGGGAAGUCUCGAAUGGUGCAAAAGCUACUUACACCAAAACAUCUGCAAGCGUUAAUUUUAAACCGGAAAAUGAGAAAAAGCCCGCGUCAAUCUUGCCUGCACUUUGUCUGACUUUCGGCGGACAGUUUUUCUUCGGUGCCAUUCUCAAGCUCUUCAAUGAUACUCUAAUGUUCCUGUCGCCUCAGCUGCUUAAGCUUCUAAUAGGAUUUGUCGAGGGCAAAGAGCCGGUGUGGAAGGGCUACGUGUAUGCCGUGGGGUUGUUUGGUUGUGCCACGGUGCAAACGAUGUUACUAGCGCAUUAUUUUACGAGAAUGUACUUCGUGGGUAUGAGAAUAAGGACCGCCCUUACUAGCGCCAUCUAUAGAAAGUCAUUAAGAAUGUCUAACGCAGCUAGAAAGGAGUCCACUGUCGGAGAAAUCGUAAACUUGAUGUCGGUUGAUGCACAAAGGUUUUUAGAAUUAACGGCGUACUUAAAUAUGAUAUGGUCGGCUCCUCUUCAAAUUUCUCUGGCUCUGUACUUCUUAUGGGGCAUUUUGGGCCCCUCUGUACUGGCUGGGUUAGCUGUAAUGAUAGUACUUAUACCGGUUAACGGUUUAAUCGCGAACAGGGUAAAAACUCUACAAAUAAGACAAAUGAAGUACAAAGACGAAAGAGUGAAGUUGAUGAACGAAGUACUUAAUGGAAUUAAGGUUCUCAAAAUGUAUGCAUGGGAACCGAGUUUUGAGGACCAGAUUCAUAAAAUAAGAAACAAAGAAAUGAUUGUGUUGAAGCAGACUGCAUAUUUGAAUUCAGCGACAUCUUUCAUUUGGUCAUGUGCACCAUUCUUGGUGAUCUUCCUUACAUUCUUCACGUAUGUGAUAUCAGACUCUGAGAACCACAUCCUGAAACCGGACACGAUUUUCGUGUCAAUGUCUCUGUUUUACGUAAUGCACGUGCCGUUAGGUCUACUGCCUCUCAUCGUUGUGGCAGUGAUUGAGGUGUCGCUGAUGUCAUUCGCGUGCUUUGUUUUGGUAAACGAAACAGAAGUACUGGACUCUAAGAGGGCUUUCGUUGCAUUAUCUCUUUUCAACAUCCUGCGUUUUCCGCUAUCCAUGCUGCCUAACGUUAUCUCGAAUGUUGUACAAACAUCCGUGGGCAUCAAAAGAUUGAACAAGUUCAUGAAUUGCGAUGAACUUGACGUGAACUCCGUAGAGCACGAUCCAAAAGAACCUGACCCGCUUGUGAUCGAGAACUGUACAUUCACAUGGGGCGGGGAGCAGCCGGUGCUGCGCAACAUAAGUGUGCGCAUCCCGCAAGGCUCGCUCGUGGCCGUCGUGGGCGCCGUCGGCUCCGGCAAGAGCUCGCUGCUCGCUGCAUUUCUGGGCGAAAUGGACAAGAUUUCCGGCCGGAUUAACACGCUCGGUAGCAUAGCGUAUGUGCCCCAGCAGGCAUGGAUACAGAACGCAACGCUUCAAGACAACAUUUUGUUCGGCAAGCCGCUGGACAAGGCGAAGUAUAACAACGUGAUCAGAGUUUGUGCGCUCAAGCCGGACUUCGACGUUUUACCCGGCGGAGAUCAGACCGAGAUCGGCGAGAAAGGUAUCAAUUUAUCGGGGGGUCAAAAGCAGCGCGUGGCGCUGGCGAGAGCAGUGUAUUACGAUGCAGACAAUUAUUUCCUGGACGACCCCCUAAGUGCAGUGGACUCGCAUGUGGGCAAACACAUUUUUGAAAAGGUGAUCGGGCCGAGCGGUCUGCUGAAGCACAAGACGCGCGUGUGGGUGACGCACAGCGUGACGUACCUGUCGCAGACGGACCUGGUGCUGGUGCUGCGCGACGGCCAGGUGUCGGAGGCGGGCACCUACCAGCAGCUGCUGGAGAAGAAAGGCGCCUUCGCCGAGUUCCUGCUGCACCACCUCAGCGACGCCGAGCGCACUUCGGCGGAAGAACUAGAUGAGAUUAAACAAGACUUGGAGAGUAAGUUGGGCUCCGAGUUCCAGAACAAACUCCAGAGGGCUCGUUCUCUGUCUGAGAGCGCUUCAGAAUCAGACCAGCCAGCUGCUGGUGACCGCGCCGGAAGUGUAAAGAGACGUACCUCCGAGGCUACGCCCAAUGAUCUCAAGGAAAAGAAUAAGUUGAUUGAAGCUGAAAAAGCUGAAACAGGCAAUGUGAAAUGGAGCGUGUACAAGCACUACCUGACGAGCGUGGGGGUGCUGGCUGCUGUGAUCACCAUCCUCAUGAACCUCGUGCUGCAACUGUUUCAAGUGGGCUCCAACUAUUGGCUCUCAGAGUGGUCCAACGAUCGCACCAUUAUUAUGGAAAAUGGUACUUUAGACAAAAGCAAACGGGAUCUUUAUCUUGGGGUCUAUGGAGGCCUCGGUAUUGGGCAAGUGCUGUCGGUGUCGGUGUCGUCGCUGGCGCUGUACCUGGGCACGCUGGCUGCGGCGCGCGCGCUGCACGCGGAGCUGCUGGCCGGCGUGCUGCGCGCGCCCACCAUCGGCUUCUUCGACUGCACGCCCAUCGGCCGCGUGCUCAACCGCUUCAGCAAGGACAUCGACGUACUCGACAACGUGCUGCCCAUGACGCUCCGCGGCUGGACCUCCUGCUUCUUCGCGGUUCUCGGAACGUUAUUCGUAAUAAGUUUGUCGACUCCGAUCUUCAUGAGCGUGAUAUUGCCGAUCGGAAUCGUGUACUACUUGAUCCAGCGGUUCUACGUAGCCACUUCACGACAGCUGAAGCGGCUCGAGUCCGUGUCGCGCUCGCCCAUCUACUCGCACUUCGGUGAGAGCAUCACUGGAGCCUCCACCAUACGAGCCUACGGUGUCACCCAGAGGUUCGUGGAGGAGUCGGAGCGCGGCGUGGACCACAACCAGGCGUGCUACUACCCGAGCUGCAUCGCGAACCGCUGGCUGGCCGUGCGGCUGGAGAUGAUCGGCAACCUCAUCAUAUUCUUCUCGGCGCUGUUCGCCGUGCUGGCGCGCGACACCAUCAAACCCGGCCUCGUCGGCCUCUCCGUCAGCUACGCCUUGCAGAUUACGCAAACACUCAAUUGGCUCGUACGGAUGACGUCGGAAGUAGAAACGAACAUAGUAGCUGUGGAAAGAAUAAAAGAGUAUGCGGAAACAAAGCAGGAGGCGGCGUGGAUGCUGCCGAACGGGCCUGGCGCCACAUGGCCGGAGACGGGCGCGCUGCAGCUGGAGCGGUUGACGCUGGGCUACCGCGCGGGCGAGCCAGCGCUGCGUGACGUCACGUGCGCCGUGGCGCCGCGCGACAAGCUCGCCAUCGUGGGCCGCACCGGCGCCGGCAAGUCCACGCUCACGCUCGGCCUGUUCAGGAUAAUGGAGGCGAUGAGCGGCAAGAUCCUGAUUGACGGCAUCGACAUCUCUAGGAUCGGGCUACACCAGCUGCGCUCGCGCAUCACCAUCAUCCCGCAGGACCCCGUGCUGUUCUCGGGCACGCUGCGUAUGAACCUGGACCCCUUCGGCGUCUACUCCGACGAAGAAAUCUGGCGCUCAUUAGAGCAUGCGCAUCUUAAGAAUUUCGUCCAAGGUCUAGCUGCCGGGCUGCGGCACGAGGUGGCGGAGGGCGGCGAGAACCUGUCGGUGGGGCAGCGCCAGCUCGUGUGCCUGGCGCGCGCGCUACUGCGCAAGACGCCGCUGCUGGUGCUGGACGAGGCCACCGCCGCCGUCGACCUCGAGACCGACGAGCUCAUACAGAAAACAAUUCGUUCAGAAUUUGCGUCGUGCACUGUCCUUACCAUCGCUCAUCGCCUCAACACCAUCAUGGAUUCUACACGCGUUAUGGUUCUUGAUAAAGGACAGCUAGUGGAGUAUGCGCCCCCAGAGCAAUUGCUCCAGGAUAAGAACUCUAUCUUCUAUAGCAUGGCUAAAGAUGCUGGACUCGUCAAUUAA